AAGAGAGAAAUCCCGAGAAGAGGAAGCGCAGGCGUGUUGUCGUUACUGCAGCUCUCCAGGCCUUGUUCCUUCCUCUAUUUUUCUCCAUUCAGGGAGGCCAGUUUGGGUUCCAUGUUGGCUCAAUAUGGACGCUUUUUUGUCCGAGUAUCAACCAUUGGCCGAUGGUUCCGACCCUGAGAGCGUGAGCACCGCCGAAUCCCGCGUUUUGGGCGUGUUCCUGCUCAACUCGCAUUGGGUUUUGCGUUAUUUGUUGGUGGCCUUCAACGCCUUGGCCUUGUUCUUUGGGACAUGGUUCAAGCUUGUGAUAGUUUGUCAUUUGCGGAACACGGGAAAGAAUCGGAGCAUCAAUUGGCUCAUUUACGUGGAUCAACUGGUUGGAUUCACGGGUAUUGUGAUCGGGCUCGUUCAAAUGCGGCUCUUCUCCAGCGACACGCCCACCUCUGAACUCUUGGGCAACGGAUCUUGCGUCAUCUAUCAGAUCUGUGUGUUGGUGCAUCUGACAUUUGCAGCCUUUGGUGGAUUUGGGAUCGCAUUCUUUCGAGUGUUGUACAUCCACAUGAAUCGCAUCACGGAGAACAAGACCUGUUUGCUGGCUCUGUGCACGGCAGUGAUUGUGAUUGAGCUCUUGCUAACGGCAGUUUUCAGCACCUUGCUCUAUCAAUUUCCCCUUUACGACACCAACAUUAACAUGUCCAUGUGUCUGGGCCAGAAACAUAUGAUACGCCUCGUGGGCCCGUUCUUUCACUACGGAAAAUGGGUGCGGAACGUCUACUUCGUCACGUUAUUUUUCUUCAACACUUUUGAGUUCGCUUGCUACGUGCUCACCUUCAUCUACCUCUUUCAACAUGAGCGACAGAUGCUGAGGAGCAACUGGCGGCAGCAGGCCUCGCUCCAGAACCGUCAAAUCCACAACCACCAGCACCACCAAUACCACCAAAAUAAUAAUAACAACAUCAACAACAUCAACAACAACCACAAGAACAUCACCAUCAAGAUUGGCAGCCGUCGGCGCCGCCAUAUAGUGACCAUGCAAGCCAGCUUCUUGGGGUGGUCCAUCGAAAAUGCCAUCCUCGUGACCUUCUUGAUCAUCAAACUGGUCCGAGGCCACUUGGAGCCCAAUUCCACACUCGAGCUCUCGUUGACUUUGUAUCCAAUGUCGUUGUACGUGUUCAUGCCAGCGAUCCAAUUACUCUGCUCCAGGGAGAUUCGAGCCGAAUGGAAACUACGGUUUUGGGAGUGUGCCACAAUUACUUGACACUAAAACAUGUGAGGAUGACUUAAGUGCCACCCACAGCCACCGCCAUUCACUGCAGCACUGCGAACACUGUGGUCGAAUUCAGUUGAGGCCGUCACUUGAGAAGAUAGAUCUACUUGUAGUGCUCGAGGACGAUGGCUUUCCCGGUCAGACUAGAGAUCGAUGGGCUUAAUCAAGUCCCCAAUGCGGUCUUUGCCCGUGUGGCGUUUCGCAUACGCUUGAAAGCUGUAUUCUGAGCCCACGCCCUACGUAUUGUACGGGUGCUAUCAAAUUGUCUGAAACCGCACGAACUCAGAUGUGAUGGAUGAUAAGUGUGGUAACCGCACUGAGCGUUUGUCAAAAUGGCAGUACUAUUGUCGGACCAAUAAAGAAUACAUACUACAUACUUAAUACGUGUGUGGUGUAUAC